AUGAAGGCACUGCUGGCCAGUGGCGACGGCGUGCUCCGCUUCACCAGCACCACGGCCAUUCAAGAGGCCGAGGCAGAUGCCGCGGGCGGCUCGGGGUUGGAUGUCGUUGAGUGCGGUGCUGAUGAUGAUGGAAUCAAGCCUUUCUCGCCCACGGUGGUCGAGCUGGAGAGGGACCAGCCCAGGGACUGCGGUGACAUCUUGGGGGUGUCACCGAUUCGGGUCGAGGAUCCGAAGAUGUUCUGGCGAUCCCGUUGGGAGAUGACCAAGAGCUUCGAGGCGGAGCAGAUCAGGACGAUCAGCUUCUGGCGGUUCGUGUCUCGGUCCAGGCAGGUCGCCAGCGUGGAACCAUGGAAGCUGUACAUCAGCCGCCAGACUCCCGAGGUCGACCCGCCUCGGCCCAAUGCUCGCCGACAGCGGCGCGCUGCAGGAGGGGGCCGCGCUGGGCGCCAGGGCCGCGGGCGCGGCGGGCGCGGCAGGGGCGGGGGCAGGGCUGCGGCGCUUGCCGAUGGCGAUGCGAGCAGCCAGUCUGGCUCCAGUUCGAGCUCGUCGAGCUCGCCGAGCUCUUCGAGCUCGUCGAGUUCGGACUCCGACGACCCCGCCGAGGGCAAGGACGGCGGCGCCGAGGCUUCGUCCGAUCCGGACGAGGACCAUGGCGAGACCACAGAGUCCGCUGAGGGCGACAGCGUUCCCGAGGACGCUGAUAGUGACGGAGGCUGCGGCGAGGACGGUGAUGCCCAUCCCGCUGGCGGCGACGGCGGCGAAGGCGAGCACGACGGCGUCGCGGCCGACAUCGACGGGGCGAUAGCGGACGUCUUCUUCGGACCACCGUUGCCGCCGCCCCCAGUGCCGCCGCUUGCGGCGCCGCUUGAACCUCCACCUGCAGCGCUGGGCGGAGGAGUUGCGGGCGGCCCGAAGCAUCUCGGCAAUGUGCCCGCUGAGAUUGCGGUUCGCCACCGCAGCGGCAUCAUUCGAUUUUACGGCACGACGAGCACCAUGGUGGCGCAGUGUUUGGUGCCAUCACACCAGGGCGAGGCUUCUGGAUGCUUCCUUACCCGAACAUGCCGAGAGAUGAAGAGCAACAGGGCGAAAGGCAGGUGCCUCGGCCUGAUGCGCGCGUGGCUCGGCGUGACCGAGGAGACGGGGAUCACACGAUGGGACCACGUCCACACGUGGAAGCCUGACCACGCCGAGCGCAGGGAUGCGCGGCGGGACGCGCUGGCCAGCGGGGAGCCGUCGUUCAGGGCCCUGGCCGAGAAGGAGAGGGGCGAGAACGACGGCGACGUGGAUGGCGAGCCGAUCCGCGACCCUUGA